AUUAAAGACAAGGAACUUUUAGGAAAAAUUAAACAGGCAUGCUUCGCUGGAGCAGGUGUUAUCGUUAACAAUAAGAGCAGCUCUAGAUUAAUAAUAACAUCUGUAUCCGAAAUAAUUAAUACAAUAAUACCUCACUUUGAUAAAUAUCCUUUAUUGACUAAAACAGUAGAAGAAUUUGAACUUUUUAAAAUAGCUGCUUUAAUUAUGCAAGAUAAACAACAUCUUACAUCGAAGGGUUUCCAGGAAAUUUUGUCUAUUAAGGCUGCUAUGCGUAAUGGUUUAACGGGAACAUUAGCUGAAAAUUUUCCGAAUACUUUACCUAUGGUACUUGGCAGUUAUAGCUUGCCUAGAUCUAUCACUAGAGAAUCUACUGAAAAAUUUCUUAAUCCUAAUUGAAUUGUAGGUUUCACUGAAGGUAAGGGAUCUUUUAAAUUAGAUGUAGCAGAAUAUCCAAGUGAUAUUCCAGUUAAAUUAAAUUUUCAAAUUCUUAUUCACCAAAGAGAUAAAGAACUUUUAGCUUUAAUUAUUAACUAUUUUAACUGUGGGACAUCCAAAAUGGGAGAUAAUCCCAAACAGGGAUCAUCCUAUAAAAUAUUUACUGUUACAAAUAUUGAAGACAUAUUCAAUAUUAUUACCUUUUUUCAAAAAUAUCCCUUACAAGGAAUGAAAAAUUUGGAUUUAGAUCAAUUUAUAAAAGUUGUAGAGCUAAUUAAAACCAAGGGUGAUAAAACUUCCCCGUCUGAAUUUUAUGCGGAGGAGUUACAUAAAAUUAUGGGUAGAAAAUUAUACACACCUAAAUCCGAUAGUACAUAUGUUCCCUUUUUAGUUUAUUCAAACGCUGACUCCUUCGGAGGAAAAAAGCUU